UAAAACCUUUGUCCUACUGUAAAGAAGCAAAAGAGGAAAAGAAACAAAAGUAAGAUGAUCAGAGGAAUAUUGAGAAGGGGGGGAAGACCGAAUCGACAAAGGUUGAAUGGUUUUUCGCACAAUUUGAACGCUGGGGGACGCUUUUCGAGUUCAUCUCCUCGUCUCCAGAGAGCAAUAGAUGAAUCCUUUCGAAAAAGAUGGUCUAGUGGUAGCAACUUUCAAUGGUCGUCAUCCUUAGUACUUCCCGCUGCUGUUAUAGCAGUAGGUGCUGGCUCUUUACUUUCGCAUGGAAAAUUCGAAGAGAAUCCCUGGACGAAGGAAAAAGUGUUGUUCCUUAAAUCAAUGUCGAUGAACACCACUAAACUGGAGGAUAUUCAUCAGGAAGAAGAGAUCGAGGACGAUGAUACGACAGAUGUCAUUAACUGGAGUGGAACGCACAAGGUCACGGUGAAAAACAAGAAUUUCUUUGAACCAGAAAGUAUCGAGGACGUAGAAAAAAUUGUGGAAGAUUGUCAGAAACGAGGCCAAACAGUUCGCCCUCUCGGUUCCUCUCUAAGUCCAAAUGGAGUUGCCUUGAACAAGGAUGGAAUGAUUAGCAUGGCUAACCUGGACAGGGUUCUUAAUAUUGACACAGAAAAUAAAACUGUCACCGUUGAGGCAGGGAUUCCUGUUAGAGAGGUACGUAAUGUGUUCGGUUCGCAGUAUUUUUUUCUCUGAAUCGUCAUUUCACCAUCUUCGUUUUGUCCGUACUCCGCCCACUGCCAAAACAUCGAAAUGACAUUCAUUUUUGGCUUGGCAUGGAUCAGGUCGUUGAAGCAUUGCGACCAUACAAUCUAACUCUUCCUAACUUGGCAUCUAUUGCAGAGCAACAAAUGGGGGGAUUUACUCAAGUUGGUGCCCACGGAACGGGAAAGAGAAUUGCGCCCGUUGAUCAUUACGUCACAAAAUUGAAAAUGGUCACCCCUGGAAAAGGAACAAUUGAGUUGACGAGAGAUAAGGACGGAAGGCUGUUCGAGCUCGCUCGGUUGGCACUUGGGUGUUUGGGUGUCGUUGUCGAAAUCACGAUGGAGUGUAUUCCUGCUCACAAGCUAAUAGAACACACGUUUGUAAUGACAAGAGAGGAGGUCAUGUCAAAAAAGGCGGAACUAUUGGAGAAUCACAAACACACCAGAUUCAUGUGGAUUCCUUAUACCGACGCUGUAAUCGUGGUCACCAACGAUGAAUUUGAUCCAGCAGAACACAGUGCGCAUCCUGAUAUGUCUGCCUCAGACAAGGAGAAAGGAAACCCUCUUAGAGAUCUAUUGCAACAGUUGUACGUGGAAAGCGGUAGAAAUUUUCCAGAAGAUGAUGUAAAAGGAAUGGGGUUUGGAGAACUUCGAGGUAGGAUGCGAUACUAUUCUAGAAUAAUGUCUGGAAUUUGGACUUCUCAUACUUAUCUAUUUAUUCAUUUUCAUUGGAACAGAUUCUCUACUGGCUUUCGCGCCCUUGGAUGUCGCACACGUGAAACGAUGUAACAAGGCAGAAGCCGAAUUUUGGAAGCAAAACGAAGGGUACCAAAUAAAACCAAGUGAUGAGUUACUCCAGUUCGACUGCGGUGGUCAGGUAAAUAUAUGUGCAACUCGUCAAUGUGGUCGGCAGAGUGGAAGAAAAAAACUCAAAAUGUGUGUUUUGACUUUUUCUAAUUUCUGAAAUGAAUCAAACAGCAAUGGGUUUACGAAGUUUGCUUUUCAACAGGUACACAAGACGAGAACAACAACAAUGACAUGAUAUUCAUGGAAGAGUUGCUCAGAAAAAUCGAGGAGAACGAUAUUCCUGCGCAUUCACCAAUCGAACAACGCUGGACUUCUGGUUCGUCCUCGCCAAUGUCACCAGCCUCUGGAAGUGAAGAAAGUUUGCAUACGUGGGUAGGUAUUAUCAAUUAUCUCCCAUCAGAGGACCUAAAGCAGCGAAGGGAUAUUACCCACUUAUUCAACACAAAGUACACAGAUCUUGUUCGUCAAAUCGGGCGCCCUCUGAAGUCGGUAAGCCACUGGUCAAAGCUAGAAAAGCCACUCUCUGUUUGGAAAGCGGUGGAACUGAAGUCACUCUACUUGGAACGAUUCCCUUUAGCCGAAUUCAAUACUCUGAGAGGAAUCUACGAUCCUGAUAAUAUCCUGUCAAAUCCACUAUUGGAUCUAGUCCUUGGAAAUCCAAUACCAUCCGACGAAGAAUAAAAAUGAAGUUUUCAAUCUUUA